UCUCCUCUAGUCCUCUUCUUCCCUACUCCCGGCCAGUCUCAGCCACCACCACCCGCCGCCCCGCUCGCCGCCGCUCGCCGCGCCGCCAACGCCGCGGCGUUCUUCGAUUAUCUUAUCCGCUUAAGUAAAUCCAGACCCUUUUUCGGAUUGGCAAGCCGAGCCCCCAAGGCCCCACCCAACCCUAGGCAAGGGAGCCACAGCCGCCCUCCCGCCGGCCGCGACGAUGCCGAGCUUCCCUCCGCCGGGCGGUGUCACCGUCUGCGAGAUCAACCGCGACCUCGUCGUGGCGGACUCCCUGUCGGAGGACCGCGCCAAGGAGGCCUACGGCGAUGUCCUGGGGAUGGUGUUCAGCCCGAUUCCUUUCCAGCCGGAUGAUCUCCUGACAAAGAAUGAGGCCCCUGCUGCUCCAGAAGAUGCCGAGCCCGCCGAGAGCGUCCCCAGAGCGAGCUUGGUGUCCACCGUAGCUGAGUCCCUCAAGCAAAUGCUCUUCCCUUCCUGCGAUCCAAAACUGCUAGAAGAAUUUGAUACCCAGAAAGUAAGCUGGAAUCCACACAAGCACUGUUUAGCAUUUGUAUCUGGGAAGGAUCAGGUUACAGUCCACGACUUUGAGGAUUCAGAUAGUAAAGAAUCUUGCAUUCUAACUAGUGAACAUCAAAAGGAAGUUAAAGCUAUCGAAUGGAGGCCAAAUAGUGGGAAGAUGAUUGCAGUUGGCUGCAAGGGAGGCAUAUGCCUCUGGUCAGCAUCAUAUCCUGGGAAUGUUCCAUCCGUGAAAUCUGGUGUCACCUCUUCUUCCUUUGGUGCCUUCCCUAGAGGUUCUACUGGUCAGUGGAUUCUGGUGGAUGUUCUCCGCGGUUCUUCUACUGAGCUAGUUAGUGCACUUUGUUGGAAGCCGGAUGGAAGAUACCUUGCCUCGGCCUCUUGUAAUGGUCAGUCGUUCACGAUUUGGGAUGUUUCUCAAGGGUUGGGAACUCCUAUUCGACGCGGAUUAAGUAGUAUAUCAUUGGUGCGGUGGUCACCUAGUGGAGAUUACUUUUUAACUGCUAAAUUUGAUGGAACUUUUCACUUAUGGGAAACCAACACAUGGACCUCAGAACCCUGGUCUUCAUCCAAUGGAUAUGUUACUGGGGCAAACUGGGACCCAGAAGGCCGUGUUGCAUUGUUAUCCUUUUCUAACUCGACCACACUAGGUUCAGUUCACUUCUCAUCAAAGCCACCAUCUUUAGAUGCCCAUCUCCUACCAGUGGAACUUCCAGAAAUUUCCUCUCUGAUUGUUAGUCGAGGCAUAGAGAAAUUAGCAUGGGAUGCUUCAGGAGAGCGUCUGGCAGUGUCAUUCAAAGAUGGCAAUGAAACGUAUCAUGGACUUCUUGCUGUGUAUGAUGUGAGAAGAUCCCCGCUUGUGUCCGUUUCACUGGUUGGAUUCAUCAGAGGACCUGGAGAAGGAGUGAAGCCGCUUGCGUUCGCCUUCCACAACAAAUUCAAGCAAGGGCCGUUGCUUUCUGUGUGCUGGAGCAGUGGCUGGUGUUGCACAUACCCCCUGAUACUUCGCUCACAUUAAUUCUCUUAGUGCUGGACACUUGCGUGACAUUCUGUCCUCCAAGACUAGAAUGUAAUUUUCUCUUUCCCUGCAAUGUGUACACUUUCUUUUAGAGAGGACAGACUUCUAAUACUUCCCUACUGAACAGCACUUGCUAUGUUUGUUUGUGCCCCUUUUGCAUUUCGAAUGCGUUCUCUAUCUAUUUUUAUCUUUACUAGCACAA